AUGGCUUCUGAAACAUCUUCCACCUCCUCUGAAUCGGCCCAUGUUUUCAAUGUCACCGAACCUCACACAACUCUAAUCUUGCUCAACAUGAGCAACAUAACCAAACUUACUCUGGACAACUUCAUCACCUGGGGUCUCCAGAUCAGACCUCUUCUUGAAGCACAUGAACUUCAUUGUUUCAUUGCCGAUGAAGACAACACACCACCAGAAACACUCACUUCUGCCACCGCUGCGAAUCAAGUCAAUCCUAACUUUGCCUCUUGGAAACGACAAGACAAGCUUCUCUUCAAUGCAUUUCUUGGAUCUCUCUCCCUCCCUGUCCAAUCCAUCGUUGCUCGUGCCACUACUACUCGCAACAUAUGGGAAAUCCUCUCCAACACCUAUGGGAAAUCCUCUUCUGGUCGCAUCCGUCAGAUCAGGGAUCAACACAAGGAGAGCACCAAAGGAACCAAGUCCGUACAAGACUAUCUGCGAGGUAUCAUUACUAAAGCAGAUCAAAUAGCGUAUGAAGAUCUCCUUGACUAUAUCACCAACAGACUCAACGACGACUACAUAGCUAUUGUAGAGAUGGUUCAAGGUCGUGAUACACCAAUCUCCAUUGAAGAGCUCCAUGAGAAGCUUAUCAACAGAGAAAACGCGUUGAAGGCUGCAGGUGACACCAAUCUCUCUGUUCCUGCAACUGCUAAUGUGACACAACUUUCCCGGCAAUCAUCUCGUGGUGGCUUCACCUCGUCUCGCGGUGGCUUCAACUCAUCUCGUGGUGGCUUUCGUCCAUCUCGCCCGUAUCUUGGCAAAUGUCAACUUUGUGGUGUUCAAGGUCAUGGCGCCAAAUGUUGUCCGCAAUAUCAACAACCGUCACAACAGUUCUCCUACCCUGCUCCACAAUUCAACCAGUUUCGUGGGUUUACUCCUUCCCAGGCUCCGCAUCUGCCUCUUCCUGCUCCCCAAUGA